AUGAAAGUGUUGUUGGUUAUCUCCCUUUCCGGAGUGAAGGUUUGCAGUAGUAAAGGGGAGAGUGUUUAUAUGGCACAUGCAUUGAAGAGAAUCUCUUUUGCAACCUGUGACCCAGAAUAUCGCCAAUUUUCCUUCCUUGCUCGUGAACCCAAGGGACAGAUCAAUGUGCAAUUUUGCCAUGCCUUCAUUACUCGGAAUUCUCCAGAGGCUGAAGAACUGAACACCAUCAUUGGAAAUGCAUUUAAAAUGGCAUAUGCUCAACAACGGGAACGUCAACCGACCUUCAAUGAACUGAUUGAGCGUCAGAUUAUAGAGCAGAAAGCCAAAUUUGCAGAAGAUCAGGAACAAGCACAGAGAGACUUCCAGCAGAAGCUCAACGAGAUUGCAACCCCAACACCUUUCUGUGAGAAGGCCAUUCAGAGAAUGGAAAUGAGACGUCAGCUGAGUGAAGAGACGGCCCAGGAACGGGAGAAGGAAUUGGCCCAGCAACAACAAACAACCUCGAGCACAAUACGCAGUUGGCUCUUGGGAAGACCAAAUGAUCGGAUUAAAUAUCGUUCACCUGUGACAGAGAUCCUCUCAAUGACCUCCGCUGGACGAAAUGCUUCACCCCCACCACUCAUCAAACCAUUGAGUCCGGCCCACAUCAGCCACUUGAGACAGCGCAACUUAGACUUUGCCUUUCAAGACCACCGUAAUUCUGCUCCUCCCGGGGUGAGCAGCUCUCAUCCCUUGUCAGUUAAUGCAAUCAAAGAAUGCUUUGAGAAUCAUAACAGUAAUUGUAAGAACAAGGGGUCACCAGUAACUGCCCUAAAAGAUGAGAUCGACAAGCACUUCAAUGGUUUGACUCUGGAAGGCUUGCCAGUGGAAGCAGGUCUUUCAGAAAACUAUUUAUAUCCUGUUUCCCAUUCAAAGCAGUCGGAAAAAGAAAAGAAUGGAACUAUCAGUGAUCUCCGCCAGUCUAUUGGUGAUAUCUUCUUCUCUUGGACUGGUUCCAAAAUGGUGUGGUAUGUUCCACCCACACCACCAUCCAAAAAUCCGAAUACAUUUUUGAUAACACUGUUUUUCCCUUCUUUUUUUUCUUUGUUUUUCCCUUCUUUUUUUUUCUUUGUUUUUCCCUUCUUUUUUUUUCUUUGUUUUUUUUUUUUUUCUUUGUUUUUCCCUUCUUUUUUUUUCUUUUGUUUUUCCCUUUGUUUUUUUUUUUUUUUCUUUGUUUUUCCUUCUUUUUCUUUUUUUUUUUUUCUUUUUUCUUUUUUUUUUUUUUUUUUUUUUUUUUUUUUUCCUUUUUUUUUUUUUUUUUUCUUUUCCCUUUUUUCUUUUUUUUCCCUUUUUUUUUCUUUUUUCCCUUUUUUUCUUUUUUUCCCUUUUUUCUUUUUUCCCUUUUUUUUUUUUUUCCCUUUUUUUUCUUUCUUUUCCCUUUUUUCUUUCUUUUCCUUUUUUUUCUUUCUUUCCUUUUUUCUUCUUUCUUUUCCUUUUUUCUUCUUUUCUUUCCCUUUUUUCUUCUUUCCCUUUUUUUCUUCUUUUUUUUUCUUCUUUUCUUUUCCCUUUUUUCUUCUUUCUUUUCCCUUUUUUUUCUUUCUUUUCUUUUUCUUUUUUCUUCCCUUUUUUUUCUUUUUCUUUUUCCCUUUUUUCUUCUUUCUUUCCCCUUUUUUUUUUCUUUCUUUUCUUUUUCUUCUUUUUUUUCUUCUUUCUUUUCCCCUUUUUUUUCUUCUUUCUUUUCCCCUUUUUUUUCUUCUUUCUUUUCCCCUUUUUUUUCUUCUUUCUUUUCCCCUUUUUUUCUUCUUUCUUUUCCCCUUUUUUUUCUUCUUUCUUUCCUUUUUUUCUUCUUUCUUUUCCUUUUUUUUUUUCUUUUUUUUUUUUUCUUUUCCUUUUUUUCUUCUUUUUCCUUUUUUUUUCUUUUUUUUUUUCUUUUUUCCUUUUUCUUCUUUCUGA